UUAAAAAGAAGGAAAACGAGAGGGGAGGCGAGGGAAAGCGGUGUGGUGUCCAUUCCCAUGUGUGUUGUGUCUCCUCUGUCCUUCAUCGAGCACGCACCUUAACACAACCGUAACCUUCAAACUCAAAGCAUCGUUUAAGAAACCCUCAUCUCACUCACCUCAAUAAUACUCGAAUUCAAAAUCAGAAACACAAAUGUGGAAACUCGCAACCAAAUCAUCCCGUUUUCUUCCUCUGCUGCUGCAACUUCCUAAACACGACGCUUCGCUUUCUCAAAGAUUCACCACUGGAUUUCCCUUCCACUCGCCCUUCCAGGAAACGGGUGGGAUUUCUCCCAAACAAGUAGCUACAGUUAUAACUUUUGUUUUAGGAGGUCCUGGUAGUGGAAAAGGUACGCAAUGUGCAAAAAUUGUUGAAACCUUUGGAUAUAAGCAUCUGAGUGCUGGAGACCUUUUGAGAAGGGAGAUGAGUUCUGAUAGUAAAUAUGGCUCAAUGAUUCUGAAUACAAUUAAGGAAGGAAAAAUUGUUCCAUCAGAAGUUACUGUCAAAUUGAUUUUAAGAGAGAUGAAAUCUAGUGACAACCGGAAGUUUCUUAUUGAUGGUUUCCCUAGAAGCGAGGAGAACCGUAUAGCUUUUGAACAAAUUAUUGGAGCAGAACCACGAUUUGUACUUUUCUUUGAUUGCCCUGAAGAAGAGAUGGUGAAACGUGUGCUUAGCCGUAAUGAGGGUCGAGUUGAUGACAAUAUAGAUACAAUGAGGAAUCGUCUUAAAGUGUUUGAAGCUUUGAAUCUUCCCGUUAUUGAUUAUUAUGCGAAGAAGGGGAAACUUUACAGGAUCAAUGCAGUGGGAACAGCGGAUGAAAUAUUUAAGCAAGUUCGGCCAGUUUUUGAGGCUUGUGAGCUCGAGGCUAAAUGAAAGCUGUUUGAUUUGGCUGAGAACACUGUCAAGUUGACUAAAUUUUGGAUUUAGUGAGAACCCAACAUUGUUAGCUGUUGACUACAAGAUCUGUCCUAAUGUCUUGCGGCUUGUCGUGUGGGAUUUGGUAGCUCUAAACUCAUCCCCUGAAGUAUUUCAAAUUGACAUGUACACGUCCACCAUUCACAGGAGAUGGUUCUUGUUGCCUUUUUUAUUUCCUCCUUAUAAUGCCUAACCGGCAAUAUACAGCUUAUGCGUUAUGCCCUCGAGAAAAAGGCAUACGCCUGGUGCUAAACUGUUUCUAACAACAUAGGAAUUGUUUAGAAAGCGCAGAUUAUGCGAUUUAGUACCGUAUGUUUGUAACAAUAAAUUGAAUUGUAUAUCUCGCACAAGUUUGAAGUAAACGAGUUAUAUUAAUAAUAA